AUGUCUGCAACUACAACCUCAGACUGCGAGAUUCCCCGGCCCUUAGCCAUGUCUGCAACUGAAAGAUCUCCGCCAGCGUGCAACAAAAUCUGUGCCGCCCGCACUAUGAUUAUGGUUUUUGCUGCUAUGAUUGGGCUCGUGUUGUGGUUCACCUUAAAAAGUACUCCCGGGUACAAAUGCCCCGACUUCACCAUCAACGGUGCUUAUCUCAGCCAAUUCAGUUAUACCGAAAGCAAUCUUACUCUCUCGUACAACCUCGCCCUCAACAUUACCCUCACAAACCCUAAGAAGAAAAUCUUCCACGCGUUGAUUGACGUCGAAGUCAGCGCAUACUAUCAAGACAAGAGAAUUGGUCAGGUGACUUUGGUGGAUCGGUCGAUGUCAACAUCCAAGAAGACAACCGUUUUUCAGAAUGUAGUGGUUCGAGGGCACGACAUGUUGUUUGAGGAAUUUGCGACCCCUGCAGCUGAUCUUUACAGUAUCGACGUGAUCAUUACUUUCCAGGACAAGAACUAUACAAAGUCAACAGAUCUUACUGAAUCUAAAAUAUUAUGGCUAUACAAACCGUACGAUGUUCAUUGGCGAGGGGUCAUCCACAGGGGCGAGGUCAUAUACAAUCUAAGGCUUCCUUUGAGUUUCAACGGGACAUCUUGGGAUGCUGACAAGACUACACACUGCCCCAUAGAUAAUUAG